GACUCCCCCCAGCUCCGGGUUGACCCAGGUAGCAUGCACCUCUGCGGUCUCCUGCACCGGGCGGCGGCGGCGCUGGCCGGCCGGGCUCCGGCGGCCCUCAUGGCGAGACGGCGCUGGCUUGGCACGAGUCCGCCUAACCAUGCAUACGCCAAGGAGCUCUUUCUGGGCAAAAUCGAGCAGAAAGAUGUUUUCCCAUUUCCAGAAGUUAGCCAAGAUGAACUUAAUGAAAUCAAUCAGUUUGUGGGACCUGUGGAAAAAUUCUUCAAAGAGGAGGUGGACUCUCAAAAAAUUGACCGCGAGGGAAAAAUCCCAGAUGAUACCUUAGAGAAAUUGAGGAGACUGGGACUUUUUGGAAUACAGGUUCCAGAAGAAUUUGGCGGCUUGGGCCUCUCCAAUACCAUGUAUGCUCGGCUAGGGGAGAUCAUCAGCCUGGAUGGAUCAAUCACUGUGACCCUAGCAGCGCACCAGGCUAUCGGCCUAAAGGGGAUCAUCUUGGUGGGCAGUGAGGAGCAGAAGACCAAAUACCUGCCCAAACUGGCAUCUGGGGAACACAUUGCAGCCUUCUGCCUCACAGAGCCAGCCAGUGGAAGUGAUGCUGCCUCUAUCCGGACCAGAGCCACAUUGAGUGAAGAUAAGACACACUAUAUUCUUAAUGGCACCAAGGUAUGGAUCACCAAUGGAGGACUGGCCACUGUUUUUACUGUGUUUGCAAAGACUGAGGUGACUGAUUCUGAUGGCUCAGUGAAAGACAAAAUCACAGCAUUCAUAGUAGAAAGAGAAUUUGGUGGAAUCACUCAUGGGAAACCUGAAGAUAAAUUAGGCAUUCGGGGAUCCAACACUUGCGAAGUCCAUUUUGAAAACACCAGGGUGCCUGUGGAAAAUGUCCUUGGAGAAGUUGGAGGUGGGUUUAAGGUGGCCAUGAAUAUCCUCAACAGUGGACGAUUCAGCAUGGGCAGUGUUGUAGCUGGGAUACUCAAGAAAUUGAUUGAAUGGACCGCUGACUAUGCAUGCACGAGGAAGCAGUUCAACAGGCAUCUCAGUGAAUUUGGGCUAAUUCAGGAAAAGUUUGCACUGAUGGCUCAGAAGGCUUACGUGAUGGAAAGCAUGUCCUACCUCACUGCUGCAAUGAUGGACCGACCAGAGUUUCCUGACUGCUCCAUUGAGGCAGCCAUGGUGAAGGUGUUCAGCUCCGAGGGUGCCUGGCAGUGUGUGAGUGAGGCGCUGCAGAUCCUUGGGGGGUCAGGCUACAUGAAGGAUUACCCCUAUGAACGCCUGCUGCGUGACGCCCGCAUCCUCCUUAUCUUUGAGGGAACCAAUGAGAUUCUUCGAAUGUUCAUCGCUUUGACAGGCCUGCAGCACGCUGGUCGCAUCCUGACUGCAAGGAUCAAUGAGCUUAAACGAGGUAAUGUGACCGUAAUCAUGGAGACCAUUGGCCAGAAGCUUCGGAGCUCCCUGGGUCGAUCUGUGGACCUGGGACUAACAGGAAAUCUUGGAGUUGUGCACCCAAGUCUGGGGGAAAGUGCCAACAAGCUCGAGGAGAAUGUGUAUUACUUUGGCAAGACCGUUGAAACGUUGCUGCUCCGCUUUGGAAAGACCAUUGUGGAGGAACAACUGGUACUGAAGCGGGUGGCCAACAUCCUCAUCAACCUGUACGGCAUGACAGCGGUGUUGUCACGGGCCAGCCGCUCUAUCCGUCUUGGACUCCGGAACCAUGACCAUGAGGUUCUGUUGGCCAACAUGUUCUGCGUAGAAGCUUACGUCCAGAAUCACUUCAGCCUGUCUCAGCUGGACAAGUAUGCUCCAGAAAACAUGGAUGAACAGAUCAAGAAAGUGUCCCAGCAGAUCCUUGAAAAGCGAGCCUACUUGUGUGCCCACCCUUUAGACAGAACAUCAUGAAACAGAGGCUGUAUCCCUACACCAGAUGCCCCAGCCAUGACCGAUGUGGGACAGCCUUUUUAAAAGAUGGUGAUCUUGGGCACCCCCCCACCCCCACCAUGUGCACCUGAAGACUUCUCCUUCCCUGAGUGAAUCUCAGGUUUCAACCUACCAGUCCCAUGUCGAAUUAGCACAGCUUCUGAACAGAUGUGAAAAGUAAAGAGAAAGGAAUCACAUAUUACUGGUACUGAGCAUGCACUAAUGAUUCAUAAGGUGCUAUGGUGGAAACUAGGGUAUCUGCUGCCACUUCCUGUUUGAGAACUGGAACACCAUUUCUACUAGACUACAUAUUCCAGAAACAGCUAGAUGUAUACAUACCACUCAUGGGAACUAGGAAUAAAAUGCACUUCUAAUCUAUGUCCGAAACCAUUUAACAAAAAAGAAAGAAAAAUGUA